CUCCAAAUUCCAAGUCUGUAAUAAAGAGGUUCAAUAACUACAGCCAUUUGCGUUACAAAGGAGAGGAUGAUACUCUAGUCGUAUGCCAUUAAUCGAAUAUUGGCCUCAUCCUCACUCUCUCGCUAACUGAUUUGUGCUCCGCCGGCUGGCGGUGCAGGUGCUAACUAGUUGAAAUGGAAGACUAUUUGAAGAAGGAUUUUGAUUUUCCAGCGAAGCAUCCGUCGGAAGCGGCUUUAAAGAAAUGGCGCAACGCCGUCUCCCUCGUCAAAAACCACCGCCGACGCUUCCGUCAUGUUGCUGACCUCGAAAAGCGAUCUAUUCACCAGAACCGACUUAGCAAAAUCAAGGAAGACCUGCGUGUUACCUUCAUCGCCAUAAGGGCAGCAAUACGCUUUAUGGAUGCUGCCGCUCACCCUCAAAACACACGCGAACCCCAUCAACCAAGAGACAUAAAACACUCCGAAUACAGCAAAAACCCAGACAAACUCGCAUCCAUGGUUCGUAAUUACGACAUGAAAGCCUUACGAUCCCUUAAUGGAGUCAACGGAAUCGCAGAAGUAGUCAACGUCUCAGUCGACGAAGGAGUCAAAUCAACCGAUAUACCUACCAGACAAGAAACUUACGGAAUCAACAAGUACACCGAAAAGCCUUCCAAGAGUUUCUUCAUGUUCAUAUGGGACGCCCUUCAUGAUUUAACUCUUAUCAUCCUUAUAGUAUGCGCCAUUGUCUCAAUAGGCGUAGGACUCGCAACCGAAGGCUUUCCAAACGGAAUAUACGAUGGACUCGGAAUCUUACUCAGUAUUUUACUAGUCGUCACUGUCACUGCUGUCAGCGACUACAAACAAUCGUUACAAUUUAAAGACCUCGAUAAGGAGAAAAAAAAGAUUUCAUGUCAUGUCACUCGAGACACGUGUCGCCAAAAGGUCUCAAUUUACGACUUGGUGGUCGGAGACGUCGUCCAUUUAUCCAUCGGCGACCAAGUCCCUGCCGACGGAAUAUUCAUCUCCGGGUACAAUUUAUUAAUCGACGAAUCAAGUUUAACCGGCGAGAGCGAUCCUGUAAUCAUCAACGAGAAAAAACCGUUCCUACUCGCCGGAACGAAAGUACAAGACGGCUCAGCCAAAAUGCUCGUGACAGCAGUCGGCAUGAAAACCGAAUGGGGAAAAUUAAUGGAAACGUUAAGCGAAGAAGGAGAAGACGAGACUCCUUUACAAGUGAAACUAAACGGCGUCGCUACAAUCAUUGGAAAAAUCGGAUUGGUCUUCGCAAUUUUGACUUUUCUUGUGUUGACUGUGAGGUUUCUCAUUGAAAAAGCAAUGCGCAAUGAGUUUACAACUUGGUCGUCUGCUGAUGCUUUGAGCAUGUUGGAUUAUUUCGCAACCGCAGUUACUAUAAUAGUGGUUGCUGUACCCGAAGGGUUACCUCUGGCUGUUACUUUAAGUCUGGCGUUUGCUAUGAAGGAAUUAAUGAAAGACAAAGCACUUGUGAGACAUCUAUCUGCUUGUGAGACAAUGGGUUCUUCAACUGUUAUAUGCACGGAUAAAACCGGGACUUUAACAACAAAUCACAUGGUAGUUACUAAAAUAUUCGUAUCCGGUGAAAUUAAAGACGUGAAAGAUAAUGCAAAAUUACCGGAAAGGGUAUCGGAGGUUCUCUUGCAAGGUAUAUUUGAAUGUACGGGGUCCGAGGUGGUCAAGGACAAAUCCGGAAAAACUUCAAUUUUGGGUACCCCGACAGAAUCCGCGAUAUUACAAUACGGGUUGGAUCUAGGUGGCGAUUUUGAAACCGUACGCCGUGAGAUUAAAAUGUUGAAAAUGGAACCUUUUAAUUCUGCUAAAAAGAAAAUGUCGGUGAUUGUGACUCUUCCGGAAGGUCAAACGCGUGCUUUUUGUAAAGGUGCAUCUGAAAUAGUGUUGGGAUUAUGUGACAAGAUGAUCGAUGGGAAUGGAGAGGUUGUUCCUUUGUCUGAAGAGAAAGUGAAAUUUGUUACGAAUGUUAUUGAAGAAUUUGCGGUUGAGGCUUUGAGAACUCUUUGUUUGGCUUAUUUGGAUGUGGAAGGUAGCUUUGAUUGUGAAAAAAAUCUACCCGAGAGUGGUUACACAUUGAUUGCGGUUGUUGGAAUUAAGGACCCACUUAGGCCGGGGGUAAAAGAGGCAGUUGAAACCUGUUUGGCUGCUGGUAUUACUGUUCGUAUGGUUACAGGUGAUAAUAUCAACACUGCUAAAGCCAUUGCAAAGGAAUGUGGUAUACUUACUGAAGGUGGCAUAGCCAUUGAAGGUCCAGAUUUUAGAACCAAAACCAUCCAGGAAUUGAACGAAAUCGCUCCUAGAAUUCAGGUAAUGGCUAGAUCAUCACCAACAGACAAACAUGAACUUGUGAAGCAUUUGAAAGGCAUGGCAGAAGUUGUGGCAGUUACAGGUGAUGGCACAAAUGAUGCUCCCGCUUUACACGAGUCUGAUAUUGGAUUUGCCAUGGGCAUAGCAGGAACCGAGGUCGCAAAAGAACAAGCUGAUGUCAUCGUGAUGGACGAUGAUUUUGCAACAAUUUUGACUGUAAACAUCGUUGCUCUUAUGAUCAAUUUUGUUUCCGCAUGCAUCACAGGAUCUGCACCACUUACAGCUGUCCAAUUACUUUGGGUGAACCUAAUCAUGGACACAUUGGGUGCACUGGCACUAGCCACCGAACCACCAAACGAUGGUCUAAUGAAACGGCAACCUGUCAAAAGAACCGACAGUUUCAUCACCAAGACCAUGUGGCGAAAUAUCAUUGGUCAAAGUAUCUACCAAAUGGCUGUCCUAUUUGUUCUCAAUUUUGCCGGGAAACCAAUCUUAAAUCUACACGGCCCAAAUUCAACCGCCAUUCUCAACACAUUUAUCUUCAACACCUUUGUCUUCUGUCAGGUGUUUAAUGAAAUAAACAGCCGUGACAUUGACAAGAUUAAUAUUUUCCGUGGGAUGUUUAGUAGUUGGAUUUUUGUGGGUGUGAUGAUAUCGACAGUGGUAUUUCAAGUAAUAAUAGUGGAGUUUCUUGGGACUUUUGCAAGCACCGUGCCACUAGACUGGGAAUUGUGGGGACUAAGUAUUGUGAUUGGAUUGGUGAGUAUGCCGAUUGCUGUUGUUUUGAAGUGUAUUCCAGUUGAGAAGACAGGAGCUGUUAAAGAACAACAUGAUGGGUAUGAGAGUCUGCCCAAUGGCCCCGAACUAGUUUAAAUGAAACCUCAAAAGAUAAUUUUCCUUUCCCUUUUAUUUUUACUGACGGAAUACCAUAACUGAAAAUGGUAUAGUUUACUUAGAAAAAAAAAACUAAGGACUUUUCUUGUGCUGAAAGGUGUGAUGAUUUGCAUGUCGACUUUGUCUUCUUAUUUUUCUUAUUCCGUUAUGUUGAUAAAAUGAACCUACAAGUUCUAUUUUUGUUCGAGUAAUGUUUGAUAUUUUAAAGGAUGGUGGAUUUUGUUGGUAUGCG